UUCGUGAGGUCCGUGAACGCAGCAGAGCACACUUUCCCUGCGCUGACCUCUGGCAGCUGCUCCGCCGCCUUCUUGCACAAACACGGAAGCAGCAUGGCGUCCAACAGCAGCGACGACAGCCAACAAAUUGCACUGCAAAGACUGAAGAUAAUUGCUGGCCAUUUGCGACGAGCGGAUGAUGGCGACUUUGGUGUCCGUGCAGUCGAGUGCAAAGCUCAGGGGAAUAAGCCAGAGGAAUCGGCUGUGGCGAGGACGGUGCCGAGAAGGAGGCAGGAGACUAUGAAAUGGAACGGCUGGGGAUACAGUGACUCAAAAUUUCUCUUCAAUAAGAGAGGUCAAGCAGAAUUUACGGGUAGAAGGUAUCGGCUGAGUGGUUUGAUUAUCCCUGGACUGAAAGAUUGGAUGGAAAACACAUUUGGAGCCAGUCUGCAGCAUAAAACCUCAGCAGCACCCGUUCUGAAUAGCAGUGCUGUGCAGCCUCCCAACCUGAACGAGGGCUUCAUGGAGGAUCUGAAAUCCACACGUAUCCCCUUCUCUCAUGAAGCAGAGGACCGGGUGUUCCGUGCCCAUGGUCAUUGCCUACAUGAGAUCUUUGCUCUACGAGAAGGGAACGUUGGUCGCGUUCCAGAUCUGGUGGUAUGGCCGAACUGCCACAAUGAUGUCAUGAAAAUUGUGGAACAUGCCUGCAAACACAAUGUGUGUUUGAUACCAUAUGGAGGAGGGACAAGUGUGUCAAGUGCUCUGGAGUGCCCUCAAGAGGAAGCCCGCUGCAUUGUUUCUUUAGAUACCUCACAGAUGAACCGUAUCCUGUGGAUAGACGAGAAAAAUUUAACGGCCCAUGUGGAAGCUGGCAUCGUCGGACAGGAUUUGGAGAGAUUGCUUAAUGAGAGUGGCUAUUGUACCGGACAUGAGCCCGAUUCCAUGGAGUUCAGCUCCCUGGGUGGAUGGGUGGCAACUAGAGCAUCAGGAAUGAAGAAGAACAUCUACGGCAACAUUGAAGACCUGGUCAUCCACAUAAAGAUGGUGACUCCUCAAGGUGUGAUUGAAAAGAGCUGUCAGGGACCACGCAUGUCCACAGGGCCAGACAUUCACCACUUCAUUAUGGGCUCUGAAGGAACCCUGGGUGUUGUUACUGAAGUAACACUUAAAAUACGCCCCAUGCCAGAGUACCAGAAAUACGGCUCAGUGGUAUUCCCAAACUUCGAGCAGGGAGUUGCCUGUCUACGAGAGGUUGCCAAACAGAGAUGUGCGCCAGCAUCUAUACGGCUCAUGGAUAAUGAACAAUUUAAGUUUGGCCACGCUCUGAAACCUCAAGUGUCCUCAGUUUUUAUGUCCUUUUUAGAUGGUUUGAAGAAAUUUUACAUCACCAAGUUCAAAGGGUUUGACCCCAACCGCUUGUGUGUGGCAACAUUGCUGUUUGAGGGAGACCGUGAGAAAGUCUUGCAGCAUGAGAAGCAAGUUUAUGAUAUCGCUGCAAAAUUUGGGGGUCUGGCAGCUGGAGAGGACAAUGGGCAGCGGGGCUACAUGCUGACCUUCGUCAUCGCUUACCUCCGGGACUUGGGAAUGGACUACUACAUCAUCGGGGAGUCCUUUGAAACAUCGGUGCCUUGGGACAGAGUGUUGGACAUUUGUCGAAAUGUUAAGGAGCGCAUCAUUCGAGAGUGUAAAGAAAAAGGAGUGCAGUUUCCUCCGUUAGCCACAUGCAGGGUGACUCAGACAUACGAUGCCGGCGCCUGUGUGUAUUUCUACUUUGCCUUCAACUACAGAGGACUCAGUGAUCCAAUACAUGUGUAUGAACAAGUUGAGCAUGCAGCAAGAGAAGAGAUCCUCGCCAAUGGAGGGAGUUUGUCACAUCACCACGGAGUGGGGAAACUUCGGAAAGAGUGGAUGAGGGACGUCGUCUCCAGCGUCGGCUUGGGGAUGCUCAAGUCUGUCAAGGAGUACGUGGACCCCCAAAACAUCUUUGGCAACCGCAAUCUCCUCUAAUAUCUCGGUUUUGCCCAGCUUUAGUUCAACUUAAA